AGUGUAACGAGCAGCACACGCAGGCAGGCAGGCAGACAGGCAGUGGACGUGAUGAUGCUGCGUCGGUAGCUGGAUGCACAUCUCUGCUCGCUCCAGCAUCAUCCACUCACACUAUCGUGCUAUGGCAGAGCUCCAGUAGCCUUUCCACGGCGCCGCGUCCUGCUUGUUACUACCGGAGCCGAUGAAUUCAAAAGCGUCGUUCAAGAGCCAGCCUGCGUUCGUCGCCCUACAAAGCUGUGGAGCAGCGAUACCGAGCGGCUAAAGUCUCCUCUGUGCGUGUGUCAGUGUGUGCAGACACACACUCACACACACACAACACACACUCACAAAAGAGGAAAACUAUGCCAGCAGCACCAAAGUCACUGCCCCUGAUGACUUCCCAGCUUUUUGGUCAGACGAUUGUGUCCCCCACUAGCCUCUCUGUCCACACUGGCAGAUCCAUGCUGCUGGAUGCUCCUCACAGAGCCACACCCGCACCAUGAGCGCCAACGGGCCCACCCCGGACCCAGCCCCUACAGCCCCAGAGGCUCCUCCGACUUCGACCUCUACCCCUGCACCUGCUCAGGCUCCAGCUCCAGCUCCGGCACCUGCAGCGCCAGCUGCUCCACCUGCCCAGCCUGCCCCACCUGCCCCAACGUCCUCGACCAUCCCGGUGGGAGCAUUGGCACAGAAGAAGCGGCAGCAGUAUGCCAAAAGCAAGAAGCAGGGCAGUAACGCCAACAGCAGGCCGCCGAGGGCUCUGUUCUGCCUCAACCUCAACAACCCCAUACGUAGAGCCUGCAUCAGCCUGGUGGAGUGGAAGCCAUUUGACAUAUUUAUACUCAUUGCUAUCUUUGCCAACUGUAUGGCCUUAGCUGUCUACGUCCCUUUCCCCGAAGACGAUUCCAACUCCACAAACCACGACCUGGAGACAGUCGAGUAUGCCUUCCUCAUCAUUUUCACAAUCGAGACUUUUCUGAAGAUUAUCGCUUACGGUUUGGUGAUGCAUCAGAAUGCCUACGUGAGAAACGGUUGGAACAUGUUGGAUUUUGUCAUCGUCGUCAUCGGACUCUUCAGUGUUGUCUUAGAGGUUCUGACCAAAGAUGAGAAGGCAGAGGCUGAAGGAGAGGAAGACCACUCAACCAUGCAUGGACAUGGCGGUAAACCCGGGGGAUUUGACGUUAAAGCCCUCCGAGCCUUCCGUGUGCUGCGACCCUUGCGGUUGGUCUCAGGAGUACCCAGUUUACAAGUGGUGUUGAACUCCAUCAUUAAAGCCAUGGUCCCUCUCCUUCAUAUUGCUCUCCUGGUCUUGUUUGUCAUCAUCAUCUAUGCUAUUAUUGGCCUGGAGCUUUUCAUCGGUAAAAUGCACGCCACCUGUUACCUUCCUGGCUCAGGCAUGUUAGCAGAGGAGGAUCCCGCUCCAUGUGCGAUCUCAGGGCACGGGCGGCAAUGCCCCAUCAAUGGUACCGAGUGCAGGGAAGGCUGGCAAGGCCCCAACGGUGGUAUCACCAACUUCGACAACUUCCUUUUCGCCAUGCUGACGGUGUUCCAGUGCAUAACCAUGGAGGGCUGGACGGAUGUGCUGUAUUGGAUGAACGAUGCUAUGGGCUUUGAACUUCCAUGGGUGUACUUUGUCAGUCUUGUGAUCUUCGGCUCCUUUUUCGUUCUUAACCUGGUUUUGGGUGUGUUGAGCGGAGAGUUCUCCAAGGAGAGAGAGAAAGCCAAAGCUCGCGGAGACUUUCAGAAGCUGCGUGAGAAGCAGCAGCUGGAGGAGGACCUGAAGGGUUACCUGGACUGGAUCACUCAGGCUGAAGACAUCGACCCUGACAACGAGGACGAGGCGGAAGAGGAGUGUAAACGCAACCGGCUGACUCUGGCUGACCUUACUGAGAAGAAGAAAGGAAGGUUUGGGUGGUUCAGCCAGUCAUCCGACACUCAUGCGAGCGUUCCAGCCAGCGAAACGGAAUCUGUCAACACUGAGAACCAAAACGUGGAGGAUGAAAAGACGCCAUGCUGCGGACCACUGUGUCAAAAAAUUUCAAAGUCAAAGUUCAGUCGGCGCUGGCGUCGCUGGAACAGGUUUUGCCGCAGAAAGUGCCGGUUGGCUGUCAAAUCGGUGCCUUUCUACUGGCUGGUCAUCAUCUUGGUUUUCCUCAACACUCUUACCAUAUCGUCAGAACACUACAACCAACCCUUGUGGCUGACGCAAGUGCAGGAUGUGGCCAAUAAGGUGCUCUUAGCUCUGUUCACUUGCGAGAUGUUGGUGAAGAUGUACAGUCUAGGCCUGCAGGCCUACUUUGUGUCGCUCUUCAACCGCUUCGACUGCUUCGUAGUGUGCGGAGGAAUCACCGAGACCAUCCUGGUGGAGCUGGAGAUCAUGUCGCCCCUCGGGAUCUCUGUGUUCCGCUGUGUGCGCUUGCUGAGGAUUUUCAAAGUCACACGUCACUGGCAGUCACUCAGCAACUUGGUGGCUUCUCUCCUUAACUCCAUGAAGUCCAUCGCUUCCCUGCUGCUGCUUCUCUUCCUCUUCAUCAUCAUCUUCUCCCUGCUGGGCAUGCAGGUGUUUGGUGGCAAGUUCAACUUUGACGAGACCCAAACCAAGAGAAGCACCUUUGACAACUUCCCCCAAGCUCUACUUACAGUCUUUCAGAUCUUGACCGGAGAAGACUGGAACGCUGUGAUGUACGACGGGAUCAUGGCGUACGGAGGUCCUUCCUCUUCGGGGAUGAUUGUGUGCUUUUACUUCAUCAUCCUCUUCAUCUGCGGAAACUAUAUCCUGCUGAAUGUCUUCUUGGCUAUCGCUGUGGACAACUUGGCAGAUGCAGAGUCUCUCAACACGGAUGAAGCAGAUAAGAAAGGGGAAAAGAAGGAUGAAAAAGAUGAGAAGGACGAAGAAGAGGACAACGACGACACUGCAGCAGAAGAGGAAGACCCAGAAGUCCCAACAGGACCUCGGCCGGCAAUCUCCGACUUGGUAAAGAAAGAGAAGAUCACACCGAUCCCAGAGGGAAGUGCCUUCUUCAUCUUCAGCAACACUAACCCGGUUCGCGUGUUGUGCCACAAGCUCAUCAAUCACCACAUCUUCACCAACCUCAUCCUUGUCUUCAUCAUGCUCAGCUCUGUCUCGCUUGCUGCCGAGGAUCCCAUCAGAAACUUCUCCGCUCGCAAUAUCAUACUUGGUUACUUUGACUAUGCUUUCACGGCUAUCUUUACUGUUGAGAUCGUUUUGAAGGUCCUAGGCUAUGCAGAUUAUGUCUUCACUAGUAUGUUUACAUUUGAGAUCAUAUUGAAGAUGACAACAUACGGAGCUUUUCUCCAUAAAGGAGCUUUCUGCAGGAAUUACUUCAACCUUCUGGACUUGUUAGUGGUGGGAGUGUCUUUAGUCUCCUUUGGCAUACAGUCGUCUGCCAUCUCAGUGGUGAAGAUUCUCAGGGUCCUUCGUGUCCUCAGACCCUUGAGAGCCAUUAACCGAGCCAAAGGCCUAAAGCACGUGGUGCAGUGUGUGUUUGUGGCCAUCAGAACCAUUGGAAACAUCAUGAUUGUCACCACUCUGCUCCAGUUCAUGUUUGCCUGCAUUGGGGUGCAGCUCUUCAAGGGAAAGUUCUACCGCUGCACAGAUGAAGCCAAGUCGAGCCCAGAGGAGUGCAAAGGCACCUACAUCCUGUAUAAGGACGGCGAUGUGAACCAGCCCACCAUCCACAAACGAGUGUGGCACAACAGCGACUUCAACUUUGACAACGUGCUCAUGGCCAUGAUGGCUCUCUUCACUGUGUCCACAUUUGAAGGCUGGCCUGCGUUACUUUACAAGGCCAUCGACUCCAACAGGGAGAACCUGGGGCCCAUUUACAACUACCGUGUGGAGAUCUCGAUCUUCUUCAUCAUCUACAUCAUCAUCAUUGCCUUCUUCAUGAUGAACAUAUUCGUGGGUUUUGUGAUCGUCACAUUUCAGGAGCAAGGAGAGAAAGAGUACAAGAACUGCGAACUUGACAAAAACCAGCGUCAGUGUGUGGAGUACGCCCUGAAGGCCCGUCCUCUGAGGAGGUACAUCCCCAAGAACCCGUACCAGUACAAGUUCUGGUAUGUGGUCAACUCUACCGGCUUUGAGUACAUCAUGUUUGUGCUCAUCAUGCUCAACACACUCUGCCUGGCGGUCCAGCACUACGGCCAGUCCGCACUCUUUAACUACGUCAUGGACAUCCUCAACAUGGUCUUCACGGCUGUUUUCACUGUGGAAAUGGUUCUCAAGCUCAUUGCUUUUAAACCCAGGCACUAUUUUGCUGAUGCUUGGAACACGUUUGAUGCCUUAAUUGUCGUCGGUAGCGUUGUUGAUAUCGCUAUCACUGAAGUGAAUCCAACAGAAACUCCUCAGGUGGAUGAACAGGGGAACACGGAGGACAGCGCCCGCAUCUCCAUUACCUUCUUCCGUCUCUUCCGGGUCAUGCGACUCGUUAAGCUGCUCAGCCGAGGGGAGGGCAUCAGGACUCUUCUUUGGACCUUCAUCAAAUCCUUCCAGGCCCUGCCGUACGUCGCUCUCCUGAUAGCCAUGCUGUUCUUCAUCUAUGCUGUCAUCGGGAUGCAGGUUUUUGGGAAGAUUGCAAUGGUGGAUGGCACACACAUCAACCGAAACAACAACUUCCAGACCUUCCCUCAGGCCGUGCUCCUCCUCUUCAGGUGUGCCACCGGGGAAGCGUGGCAAGAGAUCAUGUUGGCCUGCAUGCCGGGGAAGCUGUGUGACCCCGAGUCAGACUACAACCCCGGCGAGGAGAUGACAUGUGGCAGCGGAUUUGCAAUCAUUUACUUCAUUACUUUCUACAUGCUGUGCGCCUUCUUGAUUAUCAACUUGUUUGUGGCCGUCAUUAUGGACAACUUUGACUAUCUGACAAGAGAUUGGUCCAUUCUGGGCCCACACCAUUUGGAUGAAUUCAAGAGAAUUUGGUCAGAGUAUGAUCCAGAGGCCAAGGGAAGAAUUAAGCAUCUUGAUGUGGUAACACUUCUGAGAAGAAUACAGCCUCCUCUUGGCUUUGGCAAACUGUGUCCUCACCGAGUGGCUUGCAAGAGGCUGGUGGCUAUGAAUAUGCCACUGAACAGCGAUGGCACGGUCAUGUUCAACGCUACUCUCUUUGCUCUGGUGCGAACAGCCCUGAAGAUAAAAACUGAAGGUAAUCUGGAACAAGCUAACGAGGAGCUUCGGGCUGUCAUCAAGAAAAUCUGGAAGAGAACUAGUAUGAAGCUUCUGGAUCAAGUAGUGCCCCCUGCUGGUGAUGAUGAGGUAACCGUGGGGAAGUUCUAUGCCACCUUCCUGAUACAGGACUACUUUAGGAAAUUCAAGAAACGUAAAGAGGAAGGCCUGGUGGGUGCGCACCCCUCCCAGAACAGCACGGCCAUCGCACUGCAGGCUGGCCUCCGCACGCUCCAUGAUAUUGGGCCCGAAAUACGCCGAGCGAUAUCAUGUGACCUGCAAGAUGACGAACUAAUAGACUUUAUACCAGAGGAAGACGAGGAAAUUUAUAGGCGUAACGGCGGACUCUUUGGCAACCAUCUCAUGAACGGAGGUCAUCGGCGGUCCAACGGCCACCAGACCAACGCCACGCAGCGUCCCCUGCAAGUGCAGCCGCCGCCUCACUACGCUCACAUGGAGCAACCGGUGGGGCGGCUGUCUCGAGCCAACGCCAUGUCCCACGGCAACCACCGUCACCACCACCAUCACCACCACCACCACCACCGCCACCACAACAACUCCUACGGAAAGUCUCCCAAAUCCACCAACAUCAACCUCAACAACGCCAACAAGUCCAGUCUGCCCAACGGUGGGCACCAUCGCUACUAUGAACACGCCCCUCCCAACGGGUACCCGGGACAUUGUGGCUCCUACUAUGACUAUGAAAAGCCUCACACUCCACAAGCUCAAAGAAGGCGCUACUAUGAGACCUAUGUUAGGUCCAAUGGCGGAGACAGACGCCACCCCACCAUCCGCAGAGAGGAGGAGUUGGAUGAAGAUCGCCUCUCUGGCGUGUAUUAUAGCGGGGAGGAGUUUUAUGAAGACGACAGCAUGCUGUCAGGGGACAGGUACCAGAACAGCGACGCAGAGUAUGAGACCCCCAAAGGCUACCAUCACCCUGACGGCUACUAUGACGACGAUGAGCAGCCUCUCUACCACGACUCCAGGAGGUCACCUAAAAGACGCUUGCUACCUGCCACACCUCAAGGUCACAGGAGGCCGUCUUUCAACUUUGAGUGUCUGCGCAGACAGGGCAGCCAAGAUGAGCUUCCACAUCAGCGCACUGCACUACCACUGCACCUAAUGCAGCAGCAGGUCAUGGCCGUAGCAGGACUGGAUUCCAGCAGAGCCCACCGCCUUUCCCCGACACGCUCCACCCGCUCCUGGGCCACACCCCCUGCCACCCCGGCCAGUAAAGACCAAUCGCCGUACUACACCCCACUCAUCCGCGUGGACCGCCCGCACAGGGAGAGCAUCGCCAGCAGCCACGUGUCGGUGCGCAAGAGCUCCUGGUACACGGACGACCCGGACUUCUCGCAGAGGACGUACUCGCCCAUUCACCUGCAUGUGCCGCCUGAGUACCACAACCAGUACCACCAUAAGAGAGGCAGCGCCACCAGCCUGGUAGAAGCGGUUUUAAUAUCAGAAGGACUCGGGAGGUAUGCCAAGGAUCCCAAGUUCGUUGCCGCCACCAAGCACGAGAUAGCGGACGCCUGCGAGAUGACCAUAGACGAGAUGGAGAGCGCCGCCAGCCACCUGCUUAAUGGCGGCAUGGCGCCGGUCAAUGUGUUCCCCCUCCUGACUGCGGGGGGCUACGAGCCGCAGGACCCGGCGGCCAGCUACAGCGACGAGGAGCCGGAGACGGAACCUAGGGCUCCCUAUGAGGAGGACCUGGCAGACGAGAUGAUUUGCAUCACGACUUUAUAGCAGGAGACGCUAGAAUCAGUGAAACUAAGACACGUCGUAUUCUUAGGCUUUGACCCAAAGAAGUGCCUUCAACACUGAGGAGGGAAGGCGGGGAGGAGAAAAACACGACAGGAAAGAUCUCCUUCUGCCAGCGAAGGACGUCACUGCACCAAGGAGGCCGACCUGACCUUCCUGUCAAAGGGCUUGGCCUGGGGGUCCGGGCAGCGAGCAGCGAGGGCUGCUCUGAUCAGGAUAUGACAAUCAAAUGAACGAUGUCAUUACCUCAGUCACUUUAUUAGGGUUUGGCAUAUCAUGCAAGUUUUCAAUGCAAACAUACAAAGGUGUACCCCUCCACCCCCCUACACACACACACACACACACACAAUCUCUCUCUUCCUUUAGUCUCAUUGGAUCCCCUCGUCAUGUGAUACCUGCUCCCAACACGGUACAAGUUACUUCUGAGGCGUUUGUGAUCAAAAUUGGAGCAGGCAAAUUUGUUUGAGAAUAAUUUCAUAGCUGUAAAUUGUACAAUAUGCUGACAAGAGAUAUUCUAUAUUUUCUAAUGAUCCAUCCUUUAAAAAGAUCAGCAAUAUGCACCAUACUGAUGUGCUACAAUACCCAUCUCGUUUUAGUUUCCGUCCUAAUCUAGAUGUAUUUGAGGUUCGGCAUGUGUGACAAGUGCACAAGCGAAUGAAUAAGACUUCUACGUACAAGUGUCGUUGUACUUUGGAACCUCCAAAGGGUUUUGUCACAAUUACAAGUUGUUCAGAACUCAUUCCAGGGUCAAAAUAUUUAGUUUUUUCUAACUUCAGUAAAUAACUGUACAAGCGUGUAAUUAAAGGAAAAGAAAGUAAAAACUACACCCACAAUGAUGACAUCUGAACAUAAUAGCUCAUUACAUUUAAUAGUAACGAGUAAUCUAAUUAUUUACUUUAACGUACAUUACAAGGCCUUUACCGAUGUACGUUUGAUGUAAGUUCUAUGUCAACAAGACAGCAUCAGAAGCCCAGCGAGUUCAAUGCAGAAAGUCAAUUUUCAUUAAUGAAAGCAACAACCAGUACCACAUUAAAAUAAACUUGAUAUUAAAUAGGAAGAGGCAACAUCACACAGCAAACAACACACAACAUGUAAGUACACACUCACAGACACUCCUACUACUACCACUACGAGGAAAUAAUAAAACAAAAAAAUCAAUGAUUGAAGUGACAAGCUUGCAAUCGUACAAGGAGACUACAGCCAUAAAUCUCUAGUGUUAACACAAUCUAGUGAAAAGGUUAAACAGAGCUAACUGCCGCUGCUAAGCUAACAAACACAACUGAGCUAAAAUUCGGCUCUGUCUGAGCGCGCUCUCGCUGAUGUCACGUGUCAUUUUGCACUCUGCUUUCAUGAAACAUCUCUCAAAUGCAUAUGCCAGAUGUUUGAAGUAUUUUCUAAGAAACGCAUGAAUUAUUUUACCAAGUCAAUCAUUACAAUAAUGCAAGAGUAUGUUAGUAAUUCAAUUACUUUUUUUAAAACGAGUAACAAGUAACUAUAAUUAGUUUUUAAAAGUAAUUAUCUGAAAAUUGCACGUGACAGACAGAACAUGCAGCGUUACUGACACUUUGUGGUGUUUUGUAGGGCUCGGGGUGACUUUUGACGCUUGGUUCAAACAAGUUUUGUUUGACUUCUGAGGUAUAUCAUCAUAGGAGAUAUUGCUUGAAUUCCGAAUAGUAGUCUCUUUGUAAAUGCCAAAGACUAUAAAAAUUGUGACCCUUUACCUCCCUGCUUGGCACUCAGCAUCAAGGGUUGGAAUUGGGCGUUAGAAAAUCAUUUUAAAACAGUGUAAUAAAACUAAAACCAAGCAAAAUUUAAGGAUUUUACUCAGAGGUGUGUUUUUUGGUGUGAUACUAGUGGUGUCUUGGAGGUACUGCUGGAGUAAAAACAUAUGUGUCCAAAAAAAAACUUGCUAAGCUGAAGUCUAACAAUUCACUCAAAGAACUUUGCUUAGUUUAAUCAAGUUUUGGUCAUUUCAAGAUUUUGCUUGAAUGCCAAUAUUUAAUCUAACCUUUACCAUUUUUACAACCUUUAUGAAUCUCAUACGUAUUGUUUUAAAUAACAUUUUAACAUUCAGCAUAAAAAAAAGUUAACAAGCUUGUGUAAAACGAUGUACAAAUACUCCACUUUUAAAGACAAUAAAUGGACGUUACGGAGACAGAACAGGAAAGGGUUUUCUGUGUGAUACUGCCAUCUGGUGGUGUUUUAUAGGUACUACUGAAGUUACGACGUACAAGACCAAAAACAUAGACACACUGAGAGUCUGACAAACUCUCUUUAGACGCUGCUUGGUUCGACCAAGUUUUGUUGGACUUUGAACGCAAAAUGACCGUUGGAUCUCGAGUUGUUCAACUUUACUUUGAAGGUUCCACUGUAAGUCAAGACACGCAAUGAAAACAAUAAUUGUAUUCAUUUACAGAAUAAAAUGCUGCUUUCUUUCUGCGUUUUUUUAAAACUAAGUUUAGUUGCUGAAAUUUGCUGCAGUAAGAACAAAAUGAAAAUAGUAGAGAGUGUAAAAGAUUAUUUAAAGCUAGUCCUUAAAGACUUUCUAUGGAGGAACUUGUUCUGUCAAAUGUUGGCGAGACGCUAAGCAAUACGAAAAGAUGGACCCCCAUUCUCAGACUCCCUCGCCCCUGAUCCCCCCUUUCAGUCUGGGCCCACCUGGCGCCGAUUUUACCUCGUUUGGCGGAUUUGACAACAUAUCACUGUGUAAUGUCUCACAGUUUCCCACAGGGGGAGUCAUAGAAGAAAAAACAGGGUUGAACACAUGGACGAUGUUCUAGAAUACUCGGAGAUGCUAACUUAUUAAGGACGCUAACUUGUUAUGAUCAAUGAUGCUAAAGACAGUAGGUUUUGUCGUCACUAAUGUUUAUUUCAUCCGUCCUUCACCGUUGAUGUGCUGUACGCUCAUUUAAGGUUGUGUUCACACUCGACAUGUUUGCUUUGGUUAAAAGGAACUGCAGUCCGUUUGCUCUGCUGCUGAUCACCAAACGCCCUGGUUUGGUUUGGUUCACUUCAGCUUAAAUGUGACAACUGUACACGGACCAUAGAUUGAAGUCAAUGUUAAAAUGUCAAAAUUAUCCAACAAUAAAGCAAAAUAUUACAAAAAUAAAAUCACAAUUUAAUAUUACAAGAAAAAACGUUACGAUUUUUUUCUGAUAAAUGUAUUUUCAGUUUUACAAGAGAAGUUUUAAAAUUAAAAGGGAGUCAUAAUAUUCCAAGACAAAAUCAUAAUUAAAAUAUACAUUUCAAUACUAAAUGUGGUUUCAUUACAACUGAAUAGGAGAAAAAAUACUUUGAAUUAAAAAAAGUAAAAAUUGUACCACAAAAAGUGAUAACAUUACUUAAAAGUCAUAAUUUUAUAAUGAUAAGGGAAAAUAGUAUGAUGCUAAUGAUGUAAUAUUAAAGGAAUAAUUACAUAAUUGUGCUUGAUAUUUUUUCAUAUUUAAAAAUAUUACAAGACAACAAUUCAAAAGGCGUUAUCUCACAACAAAUUAUUGUAAUACAAAAUUAUGAUAAUGAAACAAAAAAGUAGAAUUUUACCGAAAAGGUAAGGCACUAAUAUGACAAUAAUGAAAUAAUAUCACAAGACAAAUUCCUAAAAAAAAUUGUUAAAGAUCGUGUCAAAAACAUGUUAUUACAAACAUUAAAAAAAUAUGUUAUUUUUAUAUCGAAAUUAUUUACAAAGAAAUGUAAUAUAUAAACAAAACGAAAAUCACAUUUUACAAGAAUAAAUGCAAAAAUAUUAUGAGAGUAAAAAUUUAAGCAGCAAACUGGGCAGCCUCGGAUCAGAUAAACAAAUGUGCAGAUUUAAAAUGAGCACUUAUUACUUAAGAAAGUGUUAAAUACGAUAAUAUAAAACACAUUCAUAGAGUUAAUUGACAAAUAUCGAUAUGUAUGAUUUUUUUUUAUUAUUUGUUAUCAUAUUUUCCAACAUAAGUGAGGCUCGCAUGUCAACCUAAAACAAAAGUGUUUUUGUUUGUUUACCCAAGCACAAGUGUGAACGCAGCCUGAUUGUCUAGACGAUGUAGAUUUUGUUUCCAUUUUGUGUGCACAUUGAAAGGGCUCUUUGAAUUGUUGUCAGUUUAAAAAAACAAAACGAACAAAAUUGUGUUUACCGCAAAAAGGACAGCACAUGAAGCGGCACAUCCUACAUUCGUAGCAACUGAUGAAGUGAAGAUAUGCAUUUUUUGUAAAAGUUACACUAAAGAUGAAAAUAACUUUUACCUCAUGUCAGGAAUUCCUGAAGAAGAAAAAAAAAAAAAAAAAAAAAAGAGUACACGGUGACUACCAAUAUUUCAAUAUAGCACAUUGCUGUUUGUCUUUGCACAAGUAAUAACUGUAUAGUGCUUUUCUUCCUCCUUUUCUAAACUCAUUUGUGUUUUAAGGUGACCACUUUUUUGUACUCUUUUUGUGAUGUAAUAUUACAUGACAUGCUUUAGUGGACACUCGCAAGUCAUCCUGCAGAAAAAAAUUGGAGAGCCUCGUGCUCUGCUGGGGGGCAAAAGAAAAUAACCAGUUUACAGAGAAACCUGACGUUUAUGUCACCUGCGCCCAAACACUGAAGUGAUCCACAACACAUAAACGCCAUUAAACCAUAGCAACGAUAAAAUGAGGCGAUCACAUAAACGCUGCAGGAUAAAAAAAAAAGGCGGCAACUGCCAGAAAAUACGCACAAAAAGCUGAAAACUACUGCAUAACAGAAAGGCUGCAAGUUGACGGAACAGAGGUCAGCCAGGCUAACACAAAGUUACUCAUAUACCCAGAAGAGUCUGGCUAUUAGAAAGUUAAAGGGGAACAUUAUCACCAGACCUAUGUAAGCGUCAAUAUAUACCUUGAUGUUCCAGAAAAAAGACCAUAUCUAAAUGGGUGAAUUUUGGCGAAUUAAACGCCUUUCUAUUAUUCGCUCUCAGAGCGAUGACGUCACGUUGGGACGUCACCUAGGUAGUCAGUCCGCCAUUUUCUCAAACACAUUACAAACAUUGAGUGUAAUCAGCUCUGUUAUUUUCCGUUUUUUCGACUGUUUUCCGUACCUUGGAGACAUCAUGCCUCGUCGGUGUGUUGUCGGAGGGUGUAACAACACGAUCAGGGACGGAUUCAAGUUGACUUCCGUGGAGUGUGCUUCGAUUAGCACGGCAUGCUAAUCGAUGCUAACAUGCUUUUUAGGCUAGCUGUAUGUACAUUUGUAGCUAUAUUUGCAUCCAGUGUUUCCCUCCACCCACAUUUAAUGCCAAACAAACACUUACCAGUCAACGAUUUAAGUUGCUCCAGUGUCACAAGUUGCGAAAGUCCCGAUCGUUUGGUCUGCACAUUUUACCGGUGAUGCUAAGGCAGACAUGGCACAGAGAUGUACGGACAGCCUGCGACACUCAAUCGAAGGCGAUCGCCGAAUAGCAUCAAUAGCUAUUCGCUCAAUAGUUUCAGUUUCUUCUUCAAUUUCGUUUUCGCUAUGUGCCUCCAUACUCCAACCAUCCGUUUCAAUACAUGCGUAAUCUGUUGAAUCGCUUUAGCCGCUGAAAUCCGAGUCUGAAUCUGAGCUAAUGUCGCUAUAUCUUGCUGUGCUAUCCGCCAUGUUGGCAACACUAAAUGACGUCACAGGAAAAUGGACGAUGGAUUUAAAGAUAGCGAAAAUCAGGCACUUUAAAGCCUUUUUUCGGGAUACUCCAUGAUGGGUAAAAUUUUGAAAAAAACUUUGAAAAAUAAAAUAAGCCGCUGGGAACUGAUUUUUAUUGGUUUUAACCCUUCUGAAAUUCUGAUAAUGUUCCCCUUUAAGCAAGCUGCCAAACUAUCAGGGAAUUAGUCUUACGACCAGUGAUUUAAACACGUUACCAGGAACCGGCUUGGCACUCAGCAUCAAGGGUUGCAAUUGGGGGUUAAAUCAACAAAAUGAUUCCCGGGCGCGGCCAUCGCUGCUGCUCACUUCUCCGCUCACCUCCCAGGGGGUGAACAAGGGGAUGGGUCAAAUACAGAGGACACAUUUCAACACACUUAGUGUGUGUGACAAUCAUUGGUACUUUACCAAACUUAACUUAAAUUUACUAGGUUACCGAAGUUAACCAAUUUACUAGGAAAGUAAUCUGGGGACCAGGAAGUUAGUCAGUCAGUCAGGAAGUCAACCAAGCUGUAGGGAAUCAAACCAAAAUACUGGCAAACAGGAAGUUGGUCAGGUAAUCAGAAAGUUGGUCUGGUUGCUAGUUAUUGUUUAUUGGUAGUCUUUGGUUUUCCUCUGCAAACUUACAGCAUUUUAGUCACAAACUUGUUUGAUUUGUUUGUUUGUGUUUCUUGCAUUUGCAGACAAUUUUCUUUUGCAUCUUUUAAAAAUCCUGGAGCGUUUGUGAUUUCAGCACAUUUAAUUUGCGUUCGUUUCGUGGUGUUUGUGGAUCAUCUCUGUUCGGACGUUGCGUCAUGUUUGUCUCUUAUCGACCACCGUAGUUUUCUUCUUCAUAUGGUAAAACAAUAGGAUGAUUUUUCUUAAUGUUCUGUAUUAAAUAUAAGAUGUAAAAUAUGUAUAAAGUAUGGAGAAGACAGUCAUGUUCUCUACUUUAAAGUCUUGAUAUUUGCUCCUAAAUGUUUAUGGUUUUGUUUCCAUCCAUCUUAGUAGCAAAUGCUUUAAUAAAACCUUUAUGGUUUUGUAACAAAACACGUUAUUGGUUUCAUUUGGGCAUUGUCUUUAUUUGAAU